AUGAGAACUGACUUCCAGACGCCCGCGACCUGCACCAACAUUGCGUUGCACAACCUCUACCCGGGGGAGAUUGAUCUGGUGAUUUCUGGACCGAACCACGGACGAAACUCGUCUGCGGCCUUUGCCAUGUCGUCGGGCACGAUCGGCGCUGCGCUCGCCGGAGCACUGAGUGUGCCGAUCGAGGGACCUCCGUCGCAAGCUUCGCUGCACGUGCACAACAUGCCGAGCAUUGCCGUGUCGUACGGCGUCGUGACGCGCCCAGUGCCAGAGGGGUGCAUGGAGAUGGCGGCCGACAUUGCCGUCGAGGUGUGCCGGCGGCUCUUCGAGGACUGGGGCUGGGAGGACGCCGAGCACAAGCGGCCCGUGCAGCUGUACAGCGUCAACAUUCCCCUUGUUCCCGAGCACCUGGCGCCGGAGAACCGGCGCGUGUGCUUCACGACGCUCUACCGCAACACGUACGGCAAGCUGUUUGAGGAGACGGACAAGAUCACCAACGACGUGUACAACCCGACGCAGCACCGCGGCCCGCAGCCGGAGCGGCACGACGGCCAGCUCCGCUUCGAGUUCAAGCCGAGCUUCCAGAAGAUCCUGAAUCCGGACCCGAAAGACGUCCCCAAGGGCACUGACGCGUGGGCGUUCCAGAACGGAUAUACGAGUGUGACCCCCCUGCGCGCGGCUUACGGCGAGGUCGGCGCUGAGGGAUCAGGCUUCGGAGACAAGAGUGACAUCGGCCUCUUCUGGGACCUUCUAUGUCUAGUUGACCGGGUACAGGACGUAACGCUGGAACAUGAAGAUGAGGUCGAACCCGAGCGUGAGCAGGGACAGGCCGAGCUUAGCGGGGUUGGCCCAAAUACCAGCGGGCUGGCCAUCGAUGAACACGGCCUGGAUGACGAGCUGGAGGAGCGAGAACAUGCCUCCGGUAAAGUCGCAGAAGAUGGCGCCGAUGCUGAACCCGCUCGUGUCCUUGAUGAAGAAGUGCAGCGCCAUCUGCGGCAGGAAGUCGAGCAGUUGGAUGCGGCCGAGAUGCAGCGCGGACAGCUCCCAGAGCGCACUAACUGCAAUGAGGGCUAG